AUGACCUACCCAUUCGGGCUCUUUGGUGGUGGUAUUCUGCCAUACCUAUCGUUUUACCCCUGCACACCCGUACCCCAGAAGAGAGCUUCGCACUUAAUCAAGGACAUUUUGGGCAUCAACGAAGAUCUGCCGCAAUUAGAUGAUUUUGGAAGAAGCGUUGAGGCUACUCCACAAUCAGAUAAUAAUAACAGCAGACCAGCGAAGAAGAAGAAAGCGAGAACAACAUUUAGCGGAAGGCAAAUUUUCGAACUGGAGAAACAGUUUGAGACGAAGAAAUAUCUCUCAAGCACAGAACGGAGCGAACUUGCGAAAAACCUGCAUGUGACCGAAACACAGGUGAAAAUUUGGUUCCAGAAUCGGCGAACGAAAUGGAAGAAAGCAGAUCAGGAUCGUCGUGAGAAAACUAUUUCUAAUCAACCACAAACCGGUGAAAAAAGCUCUAAUUCUUUGCAAUAA